GCCGGGCUGGCUUUGGGCUCCUGCCGCAGCACAGAUAAGGAGCCGUUCCCUGCUCACGCCUCUCGGCCUUUUUAUCUCUCGCUGAGUUCUCACUGCUGGCCCCCCACACCUCCUUUGCUGUUGGUGUGAGGGCACUGGGGCAUUUUUACAGGGAAAAGGAAUAAUCCCCGUGUUGGUGCUUCAUGUAGCCGAGGGCACGAUGCCUUCCCGUUACCUCAACUUCCGCUGCAGCGUGCCCUGGCUGCUCCUUUCGCUGCAAACUCUCUUCCUCAUCCGCUCUUUCUUUGGCUUCUCAGGUGCUGGUGAAAUCUACUGCCCGUCCAGCUUCUACCCAGAAUUUCAAGAUGUCAACCACAUGGUGAUUUUUGGAUUUGGCUUCUUCCUGGUGGUUCUGAGAAGAUACGGCUUUAGCAGCACUGGAUUCAACUUCUUGCUGAUUGUUCUUGGUGUCCAGUGCUCGGUGCUGGUAGAAGAUUUCUUAGUUUUCCUUAGGGUACAGCAAAGUGAAGUUGGUAUGAGAAGCCUGGCCAAGGCUGUGGUGAGCAUGGCUGCUGUGGUCAUCUCCACCGGAGCUGUCCUGGGGAAGGCCAACCCCGUGCAGUUAAUUGUGAUGACCCUGGUGGAAUUAAUCUUCCUCUACGUCAGCAGGUGCAUCAACAGGAAAUUCCUGCAGGUCCCAGAGCACCUGGCGCUGAUGCACGUGCACCUCUUUGGAGCCUACUUCGGUCUGGCAGCCACCUCGCGCUUCCCCGAGGCACCCCCAGGGCUGGACAAGGGCAGGAGCACCCCCAAGUCAGAGCUGUUCUCAGUGCUGGGCACUGUGUUCGUCUGGGUGUUCUGGCCGAGCUUCAAUUCUCUCCUGGCUGACUCCAAGAAGAGAGCAGUGCUCAACACUUACUUGGCCCUCGCAGUGAGUGCUGUGGCUGCCUUCAUGUUGUCUGCUCUGACCUCCAAGGAUGGCAAAUUCAGAAUGGCUCACAUCCACGGCGCAGUGCUGGCGGGAGGGGUCACUGUCAGCUGCACAGCACACACCAUCCAGCACCCUUGGAUUGCCAUGAUUCUGGGGCUGCUGGGCAGCGCCAUCACCGUCCUGGGAUCUCACUGCGCACAGAGGUGCUUUCAUCCUGCUUUGAAGCUUCAGGAUACUUCUGGAGUCCAUUUCACUUUUGGAUUGCCCGCCGUGCUUGGAGCUGUGGCCGCUGUUGUUCUCUGCGUGGUAGAAAAAGGCAUGGAUAAACAAUGGAACGAUUUAUCCAGUCUGGGGUAUUUGAUUUUUGUUGACGUUGGUGCCUUCUGCCAGACCAUCAGCACUGCCUUGAUAACAGGUUUGAUUACAGGUUUAAUGUUAAACACCAAACUGCUUAAAGCCGUGCAUGUCUCAAAGUACUUUGAUGACCAAUUUUAUUGGGAGUUCCCCCACUUGUCUGUUGGAUUUUGAGUGGAGGAUCCCAGCUGACAGGCAGGACCAAGAUGAGAUUUUCCUCUUUAUCACCAGAAAAAACUGAACAGCCACGGUGGGUUCCAAGAGCACUGAAAUACCGAUUCUCAGGCCCACAAAAGCCACCCCAAUGGACACUCAAAAAUAAAACUGUUCCAGUUGUUCUUGAAAGAUGAGUGUGAACUCACAGCUGCAAACUUCAGAUGCAUUCGGCUUUUCUGCUUUGCUGGCCUGUACCUUAAAUAAUUUUUGUAAAAUAUGUACAAAAAAGUUGGCUGCAUUCAUGGCUUAUCUGUCCAAAUGCUUGGAAACAUUAAACUAUUUUUAGCUCCCCAGUUGACAAGGCAAAAGGAUGGAUUUGAAAUUGUAAUUUCUCAAGGAGCACUUCUUACCCAGAAAAGUACUCGAGUUUUUAAAGCUGAACUGAUUCUGCUGGAGGCCUUGGCAAAGCCAGGAUUUGAUGAGUGAGCUGGAGCAGGGCCAGAGCUCUGCAUCCUGCCAGCCUGAACUCCUGGGAAAAUCUGGCAUCACCGGGGCUGGAUGUUGGGAGGCUCCGAUGGCAGGAAAUUCCCUCGUGGAUGGCGCUCCUGAAACCCCAGGGGUUUGCUGGCAGAUGUGGAACACAGACAGAGCUCGGGGCAGCGUCUGGGAGGGCAGCACAGGGAGAAGGGGGCUCAGUGCUGCCAGCACCGCGUCCUGGAAGCGCAGGGCCUCUGGGGACGGAGCACUCGCUGCCACGGACGCCUGGAGUCCGAGCAGAUUGUGAUCCUGGGCGUUUCCUGCCCUCACAAACGGCUGACACAGGAAAAUCCUCCAGCAGUGCUCACCUAAUAAAGCAGUGAGAUCGUGGCUGCUCCUCCUCCUUCAGCAGCCCGCGAGGAAGGGAAGGGUGGGUGCAUGGACGAGGGAACUCGUGACAGGGCCCAGUCCUUUGAAGAGGCUGCCUGGCCUCCUUCCCUCGCCGGGAUCAGCGGGUCCCUGCAGCUCCCAAGGAAUGCAGGCUUGCCUUGUUCCCAAAGAGCCUCCUGCACACAACUGUGAGCUGUAACUUCCCAGACACUUCCUCUUUAUCGUCACAGGAUAAACGAAACGUUCAGGGAUGGGGGGAAAACAAAAAAUCCCAAGCCACCAGAGU